AGCCGGCAGCAUGUUGUCAAACAUACUGACCAGAGGAUUUUACUCCCGUGGGCUCCGUGUGGUGUUCAGUUAUUAUCUCAACUAAAUUACAUUACAUACAUUUUCAGCUCUACUCAACAAAGCAUUUUAGCAACUCACCAUUAACACCAUAUUUUUAUUUCAUAGUUAACAGCAGGAAAGCUUUUUUAAUAUUAACCCUUCCCGUGCUCGAAGUCAUUCAACAUGUCUGAAGUUGUGUAUCCACCAGAGAGUGUCUACAACAGUUUACCGAAGACAGAGGUUCGAACUCAAAAACCACAGAGGUAUAUGUCCAAGUUUAGACCGACAGUUAUUCUUGAGGAAAAGGCAAACAAGGAAACAAUGAGAACAAUGGGACCAGCAAAAGUAGAGGUGGCAUCACCGGACCAGUACACCAAGAAGCAUUUCAAAGAGCCCAAACUGGCCAAAAAGACACAUCCCUCAAAAGAGUUUUGUCAUAGCUGUACUGUGAAGAAACCACCUGUUCCUGCAAGGACAGACAAUCCACCUAUGGGCAUUCACACAAAAAGAGACUUUAUAAAGACAACUACUUUGAUUCCAAUGAAACCACAGCCAACCUGUGUGGACAGCAAGGGACACAAGCAGCUCCUCGAAAAUUCAGGACUCGUCCCGAAGUACUUAAAGAAAAAGGAUUAUGGAGAAGUACCUGAGUACCUUAUCCAGCGCAAUGAAGAAAAGCAGAGGGCUCAGGAGGAUUAUGAAAACUUUGUGAAAGAGCAGAAGGAGCAGGGGGCCAUAAAACUCAUGUCUGACAUGGAGCGACAAGCUCUCCUGGAGGACCUGAAGAAGAACUGGGAUAAGCUGCACCACGAAUAUCAGGGCCUCUCUCUCGUCACCGACACCCUGUCAAAGAAAGCCCACAAGGAGCAGCUCGAAGCGGCGAUGAAGCAGUUGGAGGACGACAUUGAUCUCUUCCAGAAGUUCAAAACCAUCUACAUACCCAAUCACUAGGACUUAAGAUCAAAUUCUCUGACUUGAUCUGAUUUAUUUUGUUUUAUUUCUUCAUCUCCCCCAUUGUUUAGAUAUCACAUGGGCUUGAGAAGAUAUGUUAUGAAGUUAUGAAUGACCUGUAAGUCUAAAGAAAAGUUAGAAAAAUAAAUGUUCAAAUUAGACAGAUUGUCUGAUUUGUAUUAAUUAAUUAAAUAUUUUGACUUAUCUACUGGAUCAUAAAAAUCCAAACCAAAAUGUAAUUGCAAUCCGGCCACAAGUAAAAAAAUCUGACUAUGGAGUAUUUCCAAGCAAUUUUCAACAAAUAUUUCUGAAUUUUUAAGGGAAGCGGUAAAUUUAGAGAAUGUAAUAUUCAAAUGUGAGA